GGGUUCAAGCUUGGUUCAGUCCUUGGGGGGGGUCCUUGUCCAGCUGGCCCCGUUCUCUCCUCGAUACACACACAUGAUUCACAGACUACACAUAGCUUUCGGGCAUACACACAUAGCUUGCGAAUUAUAUAUCGCCUACAGGUUACAUACACAAGUCUUCACACAUGAUACUGUCUACACAGAUUCACAGAAUAUACACACAAAACAGUAUCAACAACAACAUCUACAACAACAAUAUUGGAGGAGAAGCAGGGGUGGGCAGAGGAGAGGCAAGGAAUGGGCGGGAUUGGAGAGAAGGGUGGGAUGGUCGACAACAACAAGGACACUAACAACAUUGACAACAACAACAAUAGCGAAUUUAACAACGACGGCGAGCAGCGAAUGGGCGAACUGGGUGAGAUAGGAGUGAAGGAGGAGAACAACAACAACAACAACAACAACAACAACAACAAUGACGGCAACACCAACGCGAUGGAGGAGAGGGGAGAGAACACCAAUGGCAUGGUGGAGAGAGGGGAGAAUGCUGACAACAACGACAACAACAACAACAACAACAACGACGCUGACGAAGACGGUGGUGGCAACAACGGCAGCAGCGGGGCAGUGUGUGGUGACGUCGGGGGGAUUGGGGGUGUGAACAGCGACAACAACAACAACAACAGCGAUGGUGCCAACAACAACAACAACAACAACAACAAAGAUGAAGGUGAGGGGGGAUUGGGUGAGAUGGGCAAGCAGGAUGAGACGGGGGACAGCAACACCAACAGCGACGGCGGUAACAACAACAACAACAACACUGACAACAACAACAAUUAUGACGAGCACGGAGGUGGCGAUCAUGACAGCAGCGACGUGGAGAGCGGUGACGUCGAGGGGAUUGGUGGAGACGUCCAUGGCAGCAGCAUCCCACAAGCAGAUUUGGACGGCGGUCGGGGUGGUGGGGGAGACAAUAAGUGGUUUAAUCUCCUCCCCUCUUCCAAACUUGAUAUGGAGAGUGUCUGGCAGAGGAGAGGAGUAGGGUAGUUCAUGGCAGUUGCUGCUGCCUCGGGCUUAUGGUGGAAUGAUUACAGAAGAUGCUUCUCGCCUCGAUAUCAUUUCACUCGCAUUUCACUCGCAGGAGGUCAAUCCUUCCCUUGUGUAGGGAAGUAAUCAAUGCCCCUGCGCUCU